AAUAUUAUUUCAAAGCCUCAAAACAAUCUGGCCUGAAUUACAAGUACUAUAGCUCUUUUGCCUAGGGAGACAUAAAUCAUGUCAGGUUUUCAAGAUCGACAUGAUGACGAUGAUGAUCCACCAUUUUUCUCUCGUGGGAACUCAUCAGAUGUCAAUAGUAAAAUUUUGCUCAUAGCAAUAAUAUCUUUAUCGGUGGUAGUGGUGGUUGUAACCAUGUUACAUGUAUAUGCAAGAUACAUACUCCGUCGUCAAGCACGUCGUCGAGUGGCUCUUCAAGGUGUUGGGUUCGUAGUACCCAUCCAGUCGCUCAAAAGUGGUCUUGAACCAAAGGUGAUCGCCUCUCUCCCUGUACUCAUGUAUAGAGAUAUGAAUCAUGAACAAGGUUUGAGUCCCGAAUGCACCGUUUGUUUAGGUGUAUUCGAGGAUACUCAAAUGAUUAGGACUUUACCGAACUGCAAGCACCAUUUUCAUGUAGAGUGCAUUGACAGAUGGUUAGGGUCACAUUCCAGCUGUCCCAUUUGUCGUCAUGAGGUAGAACCAUGUGCAGCUAUCUUGCCCUUACCCCGUGAGCCUAGCACUAGGCUAGGAGUACUUGGGGUUGGCACACCUUCUGCUCCACCUCUAGAACAAACAAGUUAUUUAGAUAGAGAAGGGAUGAUAUUAGAGGAGAGAAUACAAUCAUCUGCUAAAGUCAAUGGAACAAACUUAAGGUUGAGCUCAUUUCGAAGGAUGCUUAGUAUGGACCGUUCUUCACGGCGUGUUAAUUCGUGUACACAAGAUAAUGAACCAGAUGAAGAUCUCGAAAGACAAUAAAUCCAUUAAUACUACAACAUUUUGUGAAUGUCCUUAAUUUAUUGUACGUAACACUACCUUGUCUUCAGACCUUAAAACUUUGUAUGUUUUUUCAAAUAUUUAUGUUAAUAUUUAU